GUAGUUUCCGGUUUUCGAUUGUCUUGGUCCGUCAGUGAAAUACUUCCCGCAACCAACUACGAAAGACGAAGCAAUGAAAUGGCAACAACGUUUGAGAAAAACGGACCUUCGACUCAUGAACAAUGUGACAUGUCAAUAUUGUCCCAGACUAGACAAAAACUAGAAGGGCUCCUGAACAAGAACAUGAGAAUCCGUAUGACAGAUGGAAGGACUUUAGUGGGUCUUUUUCUCUGCACUGACAGAGACUGCAACAUCAUCCUUGGCUCAGCUCAGGAAUUCCUCAAAUCCACAGACACUUUCUCGCAAGGUGAACCCCGGGUUCUGGGCCUGGCCAUGAUCCCGGGUCACCAUGUAGUGUCCAUCGAGGUGGAGGCUGACAUUCUGGAGGACACACAAGGUUUUGGACGGAACCAUUGAGGGAAUGAGCGCAAAAAGUUGAAUGGAUGUUUUCCAGCUGGACUCAAUUCAGCAUCCAGUGUGUUGUUUGAUGCCAAUGAAACUUGUGUACAAUGCAUACAAGGCUGUCCAAAUGACACAUUAUAGAAAGAAAACUAUUUAGCAAAAAUA